CGAAUUCUCUCGGCUUCCUUCCUGGGAAACUGUUUCUCUGCAUUUCCACUGUCGUCUGUUGUCUUCAUCUGUUCGCGUCCUCCCUCUCUCUCUCUCUCUCUCUCUCUCCCCUUUGUACGUGAAGAGUUUUUUGCUUCUUCUUCACUGUGAGUUUCUGCAAUCCUUCCCGCUCUCCUUUUCCCUCUUCCGUUCAUUCGGCGGUCGUCUUCUCUGAAGUUGUUGCACUGCACUUGCAUGUUCCUUCUUUCUCAGUUGAUUAAUGCAUCUCAAUUAUCAGUUACUAAUUGAUGCUUUAAGAGUUCCCAACAUGUUUAAGGUCCCCGAUCAUCAGGUUGCGGGCCACGAAGCCCGUGACGGGAAGCUCGGACCUCUGGUCGAUGAUUUGGGAUGCUUCUACAAGCCUCUCCAAGACGAUGAUCGUGGAUCCAAAGAACUGGCUUUCUACACUAAGUUCUCGUCCAUGCCUGAGAUUACGAGUCACAUUCGCCGAUUCUUCCCGACCUUCCAUGGGGUCCAAACUCUUGCGGCAUCUGAUGGGUCAGGUCCGCGCCCUCACCUCGUCUUGCAGGAUGUUGUGUUUGGCCGCGUGAACCCGUCUGUCGUGGAUAUAAAGAUUGGGUCCAGGACGUGGUAUCCUCAAGCCUCGGAGGACUACGUCAAUAGGUGUUUGAAGAAAGAUAGGGAGACUACAAGCCUUUUGCUAGGUUUUAGGAUAUCGGGCUUGAAAAUAUAUGGCGGUGAUCGAUCGGGAUUCUGGAAACCCGAGAAAAAGGUUGUGCAGAGCUUCACCUUGCAGGACGUUCGGUUUGUUCUCAGGAAAUUUGUUUCUUGUAACUUGGAGACACCCGAUUCAGUCACAGAUCCAGAUUGUUCUUUUGCAUCAGCAGUUUAUGGGGGUACUGGGGGGAUUUUGUCGCAGUUACUGGAGCUGAAGGAGUGGUUUGAGGAUCAGACAAUGUUUCAUUUCAAUUCAUGUUCCGUUCUUAUGGUUUACGAGAAGGAAUCGGUCCUGAGGGGCGAAACUUCAGGUGCUGAAGUUAAGCUCAUCGAUUUUGCUCAUGUGACGGAGGGGGAUGGCGUGAUCGACCACAACUUUCUGGGUGGCCUCUGUUCCUUGAUAAAGUUCAUAUCUGACAUUGUUAAUGAUACUGAGAAGUGCUGGAACUAAGAAAGCUUGCUUAAAUCUCAGAGGAGCCAAUGAUCGAGUGCCCUAUGAGUCCGGAACUCCUCAGGCAUCAUCUCACUGCCAGAGGAAUUGGCCAUUGGUGGCUUAGAACCGACACGGAAAAUGCAUUUUUCCUACUGAGGACCUCCGGAGAUGUUCGGCGCGUUUAUAAGGAGGUUGCUCAGGAAUGAGUUUCUGUUUUGUGUUUCCUCCCCGGUUUUUCUUUUCCAGGAAAGCAGAUUACUUCAUAGGAAACAUGUUUUGCUAGGCAGCUUUCUUUAAAAGUGUGUUCUAGUUUCUCAAAGGUACAGUUUCUCCUUAAUGGAGUGUUUCUUUGUUUUUUUUUUUUUUGGCUGGGUAAUGUAGGGGUUGAUUGUUCUGAUAAUUGGUCCACAGCUAUGAACUUAACCCGAUUCGGAACGUUCCUAAACAAAAA